GGAAGUUUGAGAGAAGGGCGGCGCUCUGCUCGCGGGUGCAGUUAAAGAGCGCGUUCCCGAUCGGAGCGGAGCGGAUUGGAGCGGAAUGAGCGCCAUGCGUCGCGCGUUUCCCUCCCGCACGUCACGGGAACUUAACGGGACCGCGUCCGAUGCCAAGAACAAGUUAACACCAGAAGAGCGCUCGUAGGCAGAACACGAGCGCGUCUCUUUUUCUCUCUGUCUCUAUCUGUCUCUUUCUCUCUCUUUGUGUGUCUUGAGUGUUCCUUGCGUUGUUAAGCGGCGGGUGACGCGCGGACACCAUGGCCGCCGGGCGCAGCUCAGUGAACGGGCUCAUGCAUCAAGCGGGAGCGCCGAUCUCCAGCGACUCCCCGCCGCCUCACGGCUCCGAGGACGAGGAGCAGCAGCACGCCGGAGUCGCGGCGGUUCCCCACGACCCCGAGUGGACCGAGGAGAGGUUUCGGGUCGACCGCAAGAAGCUCGAGCUCAUGCUCUUAGCUGCCGCCGAGGGGAGGGUGAACGGAGGCGAGGAUUUCUUUCAGAAGGUCAUGGAGGAGACCAAUACUCAGAUCGCAUGGCCUUCGAAGUUAAAAAUAGGUGCAAAGUCUAAGAAGGAUCCGCAUAUCAAAGUAAGUGGGAAAAGAGACGAUGUGAAAGAAGCUAAGGAGAAGAUCAUGUCUGUCCUUGAUACUAAGAGCAACCGCGUGACUUUGAAAAUGGACGUUUCGCACACCGAACACUCGCACGUCAUUGGCAAAGGAGGCAACAACAUCAAGAAGGUGAUGGAGGAUACGGGCUGCCACAUCCACUUUCCUGACUCCAACCGUAACAACCAGGCAGAGAAGAGCAACCAGGUGUCCAUUGCAGGCCAGCCCGGAGGAGUGGAGGCAGCCCGGGCCAGAAUCAGGGAGCUGCUGCCUCUGGUGUUAAUGUUCGAGCUGCCGGUCAUAGUACAGCUGAACCCUGAUCCCAGUUCUCCGGCCAUCCAGCACAUCUCUCAGACAUACAACAUCUCUGUGGCCUUCAAACAGCGUUCUAGGCUCUACGGUGCUACUGGAGUUGUAAGGGGCUCCCAAAACAACAUUGCAGCUGUGAAGAGGGGAACAGCCAUGUUGCUGGAGCACUUAGCUGGAAGCCUGGCGAGUGCCAUUUCCGUGAGCACACAGCUGGACAUCGCUCCUCAGCACCACCUUGCCAUGAUGGGCCGCAACGGCAGCAACAUCAAGCACAUCAUGCAGAGAACCGGCGCUCAAGUGCACUUCCCUGAUCCGAACUGCCCACAAAAAAAGUCCACCGUCUACAUCCAGGGCACCAUUGAUUCUGUAUGCCUGGCACGCCAGUACCUCAUGGGCUGCCUACCGCUGGUCCUGAUGUUUGAUAUUAAAGAAGACGUUGCAGUAGAUCCACAGUGCGUCACAUCUCUCAUGGAACAGCUGGAUGUUUUUAUCAGUGUUAAACCCAAACCCAAACAGCCUAGCAAGUCAGUGAUAGUGAAGAGUGUGGAGAGGAAUGCCCUGAACAUGUAUGAAGCCCGUCGCUAUCUACUGGGCCUAGACAGCAGCGGAGUGUGUGUGUCCAUCUCCACCUCCUCCAACAGUAGUAGUAGCAGCAGCAGCCCUCCGUCUACCCUGACCCCGACUCUCAGCUGCCCCGUUGGCAUCGAUAUACUCACCUCUGCCAGCUUAGGGCUCACCAGCUUGGGUCUGCUUGGUCCUACAGCUGCUUCUCUGAGUGCUCCAUCCACCCCCAACUCUAUCCUUAAUGCCCUUAAUAGCUCCAUCAGUCCCCUGCAUGUCCCUUCAUCUGGAACACCCAGUCCUACUCUUUGGUCCAACUCACUGGCCAGUCCGACCAGCACACCAGGUUUUUCAUCACCCUUGAUGAUCCAUCCAGCCACUCAGGCCACACUGACCAACAUCCUGCUCCAGAGUUACACACAGAAUACACCAUCUCCUCCACCUGGCCUUGCCCCAAUAGAUCCACAGGUCAAUGGAGUCACAGACUGCAACAAGACCUCUAUGUACAGCAGAAUGUCCACUUCCUCACUGGCUGACAAAGUUCUGAAUGCGGCACAUGGAGAUUCUGUCCAGGAUGCCAGUUCCCACUGUCCAUCAAAAACACUGUCCAGCAAGUCCAGUCAGGAUCGAGGAUCUGAUACUUUUGUGGAGGUGGGCAUGCCACGGAGCCCCUCACACUCGGGCAGCAGCAGUGAACUAAAGCAGAUGCUGACCUCGUGUAAAACCGCCUCAGGCAAGAGGCAGGCUGUGGAGUUACUUCAGGGCACAAAGAACUCUCAUUUACAUUCAGACUGUUUGCUUUCUGAUUCGGACUCUAGUGUGUCUGAGAGUCCUGUGGCAGAUAAACGGGCUCCGGGCAGUGAGAGGGCGGCCGAACGAGCUGCCCAGCAAAACUCUGAACGCAUUCGUCUCCCGCCGCAGUCAUCUUUCACUAACAUGCAGGCAUUUGAUUAUGAGCAGAAGAAGUUGCUGGCAACCAAAGCCAUGCUAAAGAAGCCGGUAGUGACGGAGGUGCGGACCCCAACAAACACAUGGAGCGGCUUGGGUUUCUCCAAGUCCAUGCCUGCGGAAACCAUUAAAGAGCUGCGCAGGGCCAACCAUGUGUCCUACAAGCCUACUAUGUCCACUACCUAUGAGGGAACUCCUCUGUCACUAUCACGCUCCAACAGCAGAGAAGGAAUAGGAAGUGGCAGCGACUCGGACAACUGGAGGGAGAGGAACGGGAGCGGGCUCCCGUCACACAGCGAUUUUCCAACGCCCAUCAGUCCCAAGAGAAAGCAGAACAAGUCAGUAGAACACUAUCUGAGCAGCAGCAACUACACGGACUGCAUCUCCUCAGUGACUGGGAGUAAUGGCUGUAACCUCAGCUCCUCUCUAAAAGGCUCUGACCUGCCAGAGCUUUUCAGCAAGCUGGGCCUAGGGAAGUAUACAGAUGUCUUCCAGCAACAAGAGAUUGACCUGCAGACGUUCCUCACACUGACCGAUCAGGACUUGAAGGAGCUGGGCAUCACCACAUUCGGAGCACGUCGAAAAAUGCUGCUGGCCAUCUCAGACCUGAACAAGAACCGAAGGAAACUCUUUGAGCCGCCCAACAUCCGGUCCUCAUUCCUGGAGGGGGGCGCCAGCGGGCGUCUGCCGCGCCAGUACCAUGCCGAAAUUGCCAGCGUGAGUGGGCGCUGGUGAGUGCUGGUCCACCCACCCUUGUGUUACUGUUACACAGACAGCCUUAACUGCACAAAGCCAUUCCUGAUGCUUUAAUAAACAGUAUAUACUGGACCAAACUCUAGGAAUCAGUGCCAAAAAUAAAAGGUCUUUGGAAAGAAGGUUGAGGACUUUGGAGGACUUGUGUAAAUGUUGAUAACUGUGUAAAAUAUGGUUCUCUAUGCAGUAUGGUACUUGUGUGGAAAUGAAGGGAAUCCUGAAGGAUUCAUGAAGCUCCUGCACUGUUAUUGUAUAAGGAGCUAUCUGUGUACUUAGUUCAUGGGUUUUUUUAAUUUAUAUCCUUGUCUUAGACUUGUGUCAUACUAAUUCUUUGCACUUUAAGAGUACUAAAUACUUUGCCUAUGGGCUGAUUCCUCUUAAUCCGCCCUACAAGAUGUGCAUGGAGCGUAUAUAGCACUUACAUCAUGGUUGUUUUAUUUUUUAGCUUUUUUUGCAAUGCAUCAGAACUCUGUUUACUCAUCAAUUUCAUUCAAGCAAUAUAGUUUUAGGUCUUUUUUGUUUAGCUGGCACAAGGACAAAGAACCUCUCUGAUUAUCUCUGAUUAUCACCAACCAUCCUCAGGCCAGAGGUGUGCAUCGGGACUAGGACCGCCGCUAAAAAAGGUCUCAAAUGAUUUUACUCAGUAAUCCUCUAUGUAAAAUCUUACUAGGCACAAACAAAGUACCAAGCAGUACCACAGCAUUGCCUUUCAUUUAGAAGUUUUUUGGAAUGUCAUGUUCCAAGAACAGUAGUGUAUUUAACAUGGAUUUGGCAACCAUGCAAAAAGGUAUUUGCACUAGUUAGUGUAGUGCAGGAAACAACGAAUUGCUCAUUUAUUUAUAUUUCGAAAAACGUCAAGUUAAUCUGAAAAUAUCUAAAAACAGACAGCAGUGCCAUUAUAUAAGGUUUAGCCAUUGCAUUUGUUGCACAAAAAUGGCUAUGGUGAUACUAAAAUUGCCUAAAAAAAUGAUUUUGUACUUUUGUUUUAGAAAAAAAGUAGCGGUCAGAUCAAACAUGAAUAAAAUUCUCCCAGUGAAAACAUGAAUUCACUGAAGGGGAAAGGACGGUGGACAUGCAUUUGCUCUUGGCAGUGGUUGUUUUCCUGUCAUGUUUUAGGUGAAUAUUGACCUGUGAACUUGCAAGUCUUGGAUUUGUCAGCCAGUAGCUUCUUUGUGGUAUUUUGACUUGUUAAACAAAUAGGUAUGAAGGAGCUGCUUUGUAUUCAGUAUCAGUCAUUCACUUUUCUGUUUCUUUUAUCGUUUCUCGCUGUGCAACUGCAAGAAAAUAGCCGACUCUUCCACUAACACACUUUAGGCUUUUUGACGGCUUUUUUGUUUUGCUUAUUUUUUCUCUCUGGCUUCUACGAUAUUCUUCUUAGCAACAUUUAAGCUGAAUAUUUGUUUCAAUUCUGAGCAUUACUAAUGCAGCAUUUAGUUUGCAAGGUCCAGCUGUUUUAACUACCUCUUUGUCUGCUUUUCACCACUUUCCUUAAGGAACACAGCUCUAAAAUAGGAAAUUGCAUGCAAAAAAUGCAUCUCUCUGCGUCUUUACCUGGCAUUGCAGAAGGAAGGGUACGGUUAUGAUUGUCUGGUCAGCGUGUACGCAUGUAAAGCUGUGAAUGUUGCCAGUCGUUCUCUCAAGGUCGAAUCCAUCAAGUGCCUUUUUGAUACUUUUCAAAAACGAUCUCAUCGCGGUACAGCGUUUUUUGGAAUUUUUUGCCACGGAUGUAGCUAAACCACUCAUGGAAUAAUCUCGCAGAGCAUUGCUUCAUCUUUACAUGUAUAGUAUUAUUGUAUUUGCAUUCAGUAUGUUAUGUAUGACCUUACAUGUGAUUAGAGGUACUGUUGAAAAUAUGUAUUGUGCAUAUUGCAAUUUUUAUUGUCUUUUAUACUUUUUACCUACUAGUUCGUUAUGGGUCAUUUCCAGACAGCAGCGAAUGAUCAAUUAGCAGUUGGGUAUGUAGUGUUUUGACUCAGUUUUUUUAUAUAUAUAUAUAUAUAUAUAUAUAUAUACCAAAUAUGGUAUGUACAAGUGGAAGAAAAAACUUCCUGUCAGUAUUAACUGCAAAAAAAAUCGACCGACUAUGCAAAGAAAUCGCUUUGCCAUAUAAUGUUUGUUUUCUACUUAAAACACCGCAGUCUUGUUCCAAUCAAGUUCACAGGCUGCCUGACUUCCGUACAGUAUAUUGCUGCCUUGACGUUCCUGAUUAGUGCUUCGUAUGCAUCAAAUGCUAUUUUUAUAUUUGUGAUUUUGUGAGCGACCAAACUGUAUUUGAUUUGUAGAUUUAUUUUUCUUUCACUCCCUAAGAGGAGAAAAUAAAGGGAACAGAAACAGUUUUGUCUUAAUAUGUUUGACAUGGCUUUGUGACCAGGGCCAGAAUUUCUUUCUUUUCAUUUCUUUUGAGGAUCUUGAGUCACAACCAAAUGAACAAAUGCUCCAGGAUGAUCGUGUAAAGUGGCGUACAUUAUAACUCUGUUGGAGCAUUCGUAUUGAUGAUAAGGGAAUAAACAAAAGCACUAAUCUGUAUUGCUCUGCCAAAUGUUUUAUAAUCCCUUUUGUUCGUUGUUGGAUAGGGUUUAGUUUGCCAGUGCCUUGCAAAUGAAUCUAAGUUUGACACAGAUAAAAUACUCCUUAGGACUGUUAUGAUAUAAAGUUGUUUUAAUGCUAUAAACAUCUGGUACAAUUGAAUGUUAUUUACAUGUUGGAGACCUUGUUACAAAAGAAUAAAACGUAUGCAAACCUUUCA